UUAUUUCUUCUAAAUCAUUACAAUCAUACAAAGCCAUCAAAAACUAGGAAAAGAAAAAUUUAAGAUGGCUAAAAAUAUCUCUUUUCCUUUAGUCAUCAUACUAUUUUCCAUUGUUUUCUUUUUUAUUAACUCGUCCAACGCAAUGCCUUCGUUUAACGUACAAAGAUACGGAGCUAGAGGUGAUGGACGAACUGAUUCGACCAAGCCAUUUUUGACGGCUUGGUCAUUAGCCUGCCGCUCUAAGGCUCGAGCCAUGGUCUACAUUCCCCGCGGAACAUACUUGGUUACAAACCUAGUCUUUUGGGGUCCUUGCAAAAAUCAUAUAACUUUAAAAAUCGAUGGAACACUCGUGGCUCCGGCUAAUUACUGGAGUAUAGGUAAUUCUGGUUACUGGAUCCUAUUCGCUAAGGUAAACAGGAUCUCGGUUUCCGGUGGAACCAUUGAUGCUAGAGGAGCUGGUUAUUGGUCUUGUAGGAAGAAAGGUAGUCACUGUCCUCAAGGUGCAAGGUCUAUAUCGUUUAGCUGGUGCAACAAUGUACUACUAAGUGGCCUAACGUCAUUGAAUAGCCAGAAUAUGCAUGUCACGGUUCAUCAUUCUUCUAAUGUAAGGAUUCAAAACAUAAGGAUUAGGGCCCCAAGUGGAAGCCCUAACACCGAUGGUAUCCACGUCCAGUCUUCUUCUGGAGUCACCAUUAGUGGUGGAACAAUUGCGACCGGUGAUGAUUGCAUUGCUCUUAGCCAAGGAUCUAGGAACAUAUGGAUCGAACGCGUGAACUGUGGACCUGGACAUGGAAUCAGCAUUGGGAGUCUUGGGGAUUACGUUAAUGAGGAAGGUGUGCAGAAUGUAACCGUCACGAGCUCUGUUUUCACCAAGACACAAAAUGGAGUAAGGAUAAAAACGUGGGCUAGACCGAGCAGAGGGUUUGUGAGGAAUGUGGUAUUUCGAAAUUUGAUUAUGAGGAAUGUCGAUAAUCCAGUGAUAAUAGAUCAAAACUAUUGUCCUAAUGGAAGAGGCUGCCCUCGUCAGAGCUCUGGUGUGAAGAUAAGUGGUGUGACGUUUGCAAACAUAAAAGGAACAUCAACAACACCAAUAGCUAUGAAACUGGAUUGUAGUAGAAGCAAUCAUUGCACAGGAAUAAGGCUACAUGACAUUAGACUUACUUACAUGAGAAGAUCAUCAGCUUCUUAUUGCAGGAAUGUCCAUGGACGAAGAUCUGGAGUAGUGAUUCCAAGGAACUGUCUCUGAGUCAGGAUUCCAAGAUUUGACAAUUGGGAUUCUAUAUAUAAACCCUAUGAUUAAUUGCUGGGUGUAGAUAUCUUAUAAGGUGAUGUUUGUUUGAUUUGUCUGAUGUUUCUUAACCUCAGAUUCAUCUGAAUUUAAAUGUGUUGAAUUCUUUGGUGUGAAUUGAAAUGAAGAAUAACAGUGAUCUAUUCGGUUGUUAUCUUUAUCAAUGUGCUUGUACCAAUUCUGUUUUGCAUGAAAUUUCAUAUACAAUUGUAUAACACAAUUUGGCCAUUUAUUUAUAAUAUAUUAUCAAACAUAAAUCAAAUUUAUUAUUUGGCGUCCAACUAGACUGAUCCAAGUGAUUUUUAAAAAUAUUUAUAUGAUUAAAAUACUGGCAUUACAAGAAUAUUGAUGAAGGCAGAUCUAGAUUUCAAUAACUCUCUUGGAGAAAACAGUACAUAU